AUGGUAGGCAUCGAUGCAAAAAAUAGACAUCUUCUUGAUACAAAGUAUAUUUGUCCUGUAUGCUUAUUGAUACUACGGAAUCCUAUACAAUGGAGUAAAUGUGGUCAUCGACAGUGUCAAUCAUGUGUUGAUGAUCAACAUGCAGUGACAAUAAAAUGUCCACAAUGUCAAUUUGAAACAUUACGAGUCGAGAUGCUGUUUGAUCGAGGUUUUCAAAAUGAUAUGAAAUCAAUACCUAUUGAUUGUGCUUUUUGCGAAUGGAGUGGUAUCUUAAAUAAUUAUCAAAAACAUCUUGAUGAAUCUCAUGCAAAUCCAAAAUGCGAAUAUUGUGAUAAAGAAUUCAAUUCGGUUAACAAAUGCAAUGAACAUAAAGUUUCUGAAUGCCAAAAAUUGAUUGUCGAUUGUAUAUUGAAAGACUUUGGUUGUAAUGAGCAAGUAUGA